GCGGGAUUCUGGGGGCUUAAAUCAGUUAAUUUCACAAACAUAAUUUGUUGCUAGUGGGACUGGGUGUUUUAACGACGCGGCACGCCGAAUGAACGGCCUCGGACUCUGAAUGCGAAUGGGGAAGCUCGUGCCGGAUUAUGCAUGCAUGAUCAGCCUUGGUGGCUUAAUGUACGAUCUACUGAAAUUACACAGGACAUUUGAAGAACUACUGAACAUGGUGUGACAUUGAGUGCAGAUCCACUGGGCGUCUUUUAAAACUCACCUUGCAACUUCGGAAUGUCAAGCAACGGUCCUUCUCGUGCCCCUACCAGGGCCCAGACGGGAGGUAGAGAUGGAGCCACAAGCACCCGACCACCAAGCAUGGCUUCCAGAUCCACCAAUCUUCAUCGCAAUCAAAGUUUCAGGGGCCUCAAGAAGGCACAGUAUCGGCCUAUGGUAACUGUAGCUAGACGUCGAACUGAAAGCAGGAGCACAAGAGCGUCUACUGCGGAGCCUCCUGGACCCAGCCGUAAGGAAACACUCCAAGAUCAGCUGAGCACCAUCGAUGAAGAUAGAUCAGACUCCAAUUCAAUCAUUACAGCAUUGACCAGUGAUAUUCCCAAGCCUCGCUACACCUACAACCCUCCUGUAGACGUCAUGGCAGCCAGCGAGAUGAACAUUGUUACACAGUAUCUAGAUGAUGCCUUCGUCCAUGCCCAUAUGCUAUCCCUCUGUCAAGGACUACUAACCAACCCAAACCUACCCUACAAUCCAUACCCAGCCUUCUUAAAGCGGCUGCGACACCUCGCUGAAGCAUUCCACAUGCACCGAGAGGCGCCAGAAUCCAUCGCUGCCAUCCUCACAAACCCCUUACAGAAGACCAGUACACCGGUGAUAUGGGGGGUCAAGGGUCACACCAACGUCUGGGGUUUGAAGGACAUUGUCCAUGCCGUUGAUCCCAAGGUCAUCAGUGAUUACUCCUGGCUUUUGUCGUCUGUUGCUCCGCCACAGAUCGCUGAGGUAGAGGACAGUGGUGUGAAGGGUGAUAUAUUACUAGCUCUGACUGGUCCUGCCAUCUUCAGUGGGACAUUCUAUCCGGACCCACCUACCAUUGAUUUCAGGCUUGAAUUCAUGAUGUAUGGCACCAGGCUAGAUAUGGCUUUAAGAGUGUUCUCUAAGACAUUAAGGGAAGAUGUCAAGAGAAUAACAUCUAGCAAGUGUCCACACUGCUUCCUCUGUAUUGUAACAGCUGCUAAUGGCAAGCCCACACUAUGGGACAAGAAGAGAGUCGUGAUGGAGAAAGAUGCCUUCUUUGCUGCUGUGGAACAAGCUGUCAAGAAGCGUAAUCCUCCCGUCAUGAAGGUUAUAUAUGCAUUGAAUGAAGGAGGUAGAGAGUACAAAAAGGGAUCCAAGAAAUACAUCUUCCACUUCAUCGAGACAGACAAAGACACAGGAGUUGAAAGGUUCAGCAGCUUUGCAGAGCACCCUUACGAGACUCUCUUCUCCUCCAUCUUCCUGCGAAAAGCAGAUGCUGAAUCUUAUGUCGCUGGCUUCAAACGCUACCACGACCCGACGGGGCGUGCAGCCACGAGGUCAACGACAAGAAACGAGGGCCCAAGUAGGGGCGAGACCAGGAACCAGUCUUUCGGCACGAGGAGAGGAAGGAGAGAGGAGCAGACUCAGAAGCAGCCUGCUUCUCUGACCACCAUGGCUGAGGAUAUCAAAGAACCAGUGAGGAAUUCCUGGGAGAGGGAUCUAGCAAGGUUGAAUAUUCUGAAAGGAGACGCUUCUACAAUCGUCAAUAUUCUGCUUCUCAUAGUACUCAUGGAUAGAAACAAAUACAAGACAGAAGAGUUGGUUGACCUCUAUCGCUUCCUACGCAGUACAGCUAGUCAGUUCCAUGUGGCGUGUUCUCUGAAUGCACUGCUUCGCUUGUAUGUACGGCAAAAGGAGAGCAAUAACCAAGAGAUGGGUACAAAGCUCUUCAUGCAAUACAAGAAGAGUCUCCUUACAGUACUGGAUCCCACAUUACAUGAGAGAUGCUCCGAUCAGGUAGCAGCAUAUAACUUCCUCAAGCUCAAACUAGAUAGAAUGACCAGAGUACAGAGAGAUGACAAAGGGUCAAAGGUCACAAUCAUUCCACUGGAGGUUCAGACUGUUGUCCAGUUGGUGGAAUUGGACCUCAUCUGUCUGUCCAUCCAACUUGGUCUAAAUGAAGAUGCCCUGGCCUACCUCAAACAUCUCAACAUCAAGAAAUUGCUCUCUGAUUACAGAGAGAAGUACCCAGACAGCGUGCCCCGCCCUCAGACUAGAGAGAAGAGCGUGCCUCAUGAAGAUAACAACAAAAAGAAGGGAACGAAGGUUGUGCCACGUAAACCACCAGUCAUCCUGAAACAUGGUGUAGAGGCUAACUCCAUCAGUCAACAGAGGAAUUUUUUUGUGAAUGUGGAGUGGUCUGUUCAGUCCAGUAUGCAUCCUGUUGUCAUGGCAACUGAAGGAGUGCUGAUGCAGUAUCUGAUAGAUAUAAGGAUGGAUCAAGUUUGGCGAGGCUAUCUCAUGGAUCUGAUCAACGGAGAUCAUCUCCCACCAAACCCCUACCCUAGACUGAUCACCAUGCUCAGACAGGCUGCAUUCAAGAUGGAACUAUGGAGAGAAUCAGACGCCAAACUCCAAGCCAGACUGCUUCAUCGCCAGUCAAGACUAGUCGACCGAGCCAACUAUGUCUACACCCUGGAGGAGUGCAGUGGGUUUGGACUGUCCUCUGCGGUGUCUGCCAUCUUGGCACAGAGCUUCAAGAAGCUGUCUGUCUUAGCUAACCUGAUGGCAAACCAAGAUGUUGUUACUCACAAGGGACAGUAUCAGUUGUCCUGUGGUCAAGCGAUAAGUGGUCAUUCCCCCCUCUAUGGUCGAGUAAUGCCUUAUCUGCCCUUUCUGGAGCUCCAUGAGCAUUACUACAUACGAGGACCCAUCAGUGGAGACAAGGGAGCCAUUGAACUCUUUGCAAAAUUAGCAUAUGACCAUAUGGCAGACCUUUGCAGCACCGACAAGUACAUCAUCCUGGGUCUGUUUGUAGACCAUAGACCAAUCCUGGACCAGGACCGGUUGGAGGAGGACCAAGCUGGGGCUGAGAAGGUCAUAGUAGAAGCCGCUUCUCAGAAGAAACUAAUAUAUGUGAAGCUAUACUAUGCAGUAGGAUGGAGGUAUGUGGAGAUACACAAGUACUACAUGAUGCACUAUCUCUAUGUAGACCAUGCUGAAGAUAAACACCAAGCAUACUUCCAAGACAAUCCGAUCUACCUGUACCAGAAUGUCUUCUUAUCCUUAGAUGAGGCAGUGAACCACUACCAGCAAUGUGGAGCCUCAACAAUGGGGAAUCCCCUCAGCGCAUCCAACAUGGCCGCCGUCGGUCGAUCCAUUGACGACUCUAUCAGGACUGCCUUGCAGCAGCAGAACUUGAUACAGGUUCACAUGCUACUCUUGACCAAGGCUCUCAUCAAUAAGAAUGCAGACUAUCUCUGCGAUACAUGGAGGAUGCUGCACAGCGUGGCCUUUCAGCUGGAGUACAUCAUCGCUCUCAUCCAAUCCUUGAUCAACAUCAUCCGCUACGUCCUGCAGCAUCCCAAGACCAUUGAAACCACGGCAUACCUGGAGGAGAUAGCUGCUGCCAAGGCCAAGGCAAAGAAAGGAACCACUGUACCUACUAAAACAUUUCCAGUGCGAGAGUCCAUCCUGGGUUACAUGGUGACUGCUUUCCGUGAGAAGGUGGAGGAGGUGUUGAGUGAACCCUGUAGCUUGGUACCCCUGUACCUACCGAGGGUGAUUGGUGACAAGCUGAAGGAGGUUGUAGAGCGGCACCCUCAGACAGAGGAGCUCUCCCUCAUCAUUGAGAAACAGACGAGUGUACGCUUGAAUGAGAUACAGUGUCUACUUCUUCCAGUCAAGGCAGCAAUAGAGGCGGAUAUCCACCAAGCGUGCAGUAAAGUGCAAGAGGCUCUUCAACAUUUCAAGAUGGGAAGUUGAUACUGCUGGUGCGAGACAAAUCUGUGAGAUGCUAUUAAGAUUUAUGCUCAGAAGUUAGACUGCAUAAUUCUAAUUCCCGAAUGUGUGAUGCAUUGAUGAUUUCAUAUGAAACGAAGCAAAUUGUAGGAUUUUGUUUAUAAAUUGAUAAUUGAUGCACUAGUUUCAAGACUUUCAUAUCUCGAAAUGUUCGAUAAAAUCACAAGUACGUGUUAUUUUGUCUGCUGAGAAUUUGCAAAGUAAUAGCUUAUACGGUAACAUAGAAUUAAUGACCUCAUGGCUUGCAGCAGAUAUUUCAGAGCUAGUGAUAGACACAGAAUAUGUCUGCAGUUUAUCAUUCGUUACAUGGUUUUGCCCACUCUUUUUAUGUCCCUCUCUCUCUCUCCAAGUGCCAUAUUGAUUGACUUUGGUGAUCAUGCUGCGACACAACUCUUGGUUCCUAGCCUUCUCUUUUAGCACCACUCCCAAUUCUUUCACUCCUCUCUCUUCAUCCCUGCCAUAAGUCCCAACAGAUUAAACUUAUUUAGAGUCAGAUAACAUCCAUAAAUUUGAACAUCAGUAAACUAACUUAAUGUUCAGAAUGUCAAUUGAGAUUUCUCUUUAUAAAUGUUUUUCUAGAAUACAAACCCACAUGAAUUCAACCCAAACAAAGGACAUACAAGUGAUCUGUUUAUUGUCACCCUGUUGUUGACAUUUUUAUUUCAUGUCAUAUAUACAACUGUUGCAUAUACAGAUGAGUAAAAAAUAAAAUAAAAAAGUAAGACAUACAAAUGUGUUGUUGUACACAAUACUGAUAUGGAACAAAAACGAGAACAAAAACCCCCUAACAAACCAUAUUUAAGUACAAGUCCAUACUACACAUACAUUAGGCAUAAAUAGUAAUUUAUGACUGAAAUCCAAAAAAGAAAAAACAUUAAUUAUGAUUUAAUUUAAUUAAAAGACUCUUAGUCAAUAUCUUUCUUCUUUUUUUUUUAAUUCAUACUGGAACGCUUUAAUCUUUACACUGUAAUCUAAUCCUAAUGUCCUCCUCCGCCUAUUUCGGGACUUUCUAUUCACUAGCCUCGAGUCUUUUUAAUUCACUGUACGUUUAG